GCAAGUUGGCGUCCCUUGUUCAGUACAGGAUCAUGAGACACAAUUAGUGUAACUGUGCGAUCAUCUCGAUCUUGGGUUGACCAGUUUAGCAUCGACCGAUAUGUAAGAAGAUAAGGAAGAGAAGGCAAAGAAAAUACGCGCGGGCUGAUUUCACGCCAGUAAACGGAAGCACACUUUGGAGAGGCUUUAUUAAAUGGAGAGCACGUUAUUCCUGAGGGUAGUUUGUGUUGUGUUUUUCAUCACUGCAUGUGUGUCUGGCUGCAACAGGGGACUCUAUGAGAGUGUGAUCGACAACUUCUGUCUUGCUAGGUUCAAAAUAGACAUAGAGGCAGUGGACAAAAAUCUAUGGUGCAGCUGGCCCGACACAACAGAGCUCUAUGAGGGGGUGACUAACUGCACUUAUCAGGUGGCAUUGAUGAUGGACUGCUUUUGGCCCAACCAGAUCGUCGACCGCUUCUUUGUUAAGAUACACCGAAACUACUUCUAUGACUGCCCGCUGACCGGCCGGCUCAUCAACGAUCCGCCAGCUAGCGUCCUUGCUCCAUUCAUCGGUGUGCCAAUAUUUUUCACCCUGCUUGUGACAGCCUUGGUGGUGUGGAGGAGUAAACAUACAGAGGGAGCUCUGUAGAGGCAAAAUUAGAUGUGGCAGAAAACACAGGCAAGAUUGAUAAAGCAGUUUCUGCUCUUGCAACCCUCUUUAAAAUAAACUGCUGUAUUCUAAGCCAAAAGAACUGUUGUGUUUGAUAGAACAAGAUGUCUAUAUGCUGCCAUAGCAGAUUCAUGGAGCAUUAAGCCCCCGAACUAGUUUUAAUUUGUCCGUUUUACCCUGAAAACCCCCAUUUACAGAUGUCGCGCAACCGCUUUCGUUUCAACCCAGCCAUGAAACGAAGGUAAUUAAUUAUAUUUAUUAUUCAAAAUGUCUGUCGUUUUUAGCUCAGGAUCAUUAUUUGAUGUCUCAUAUUUCGUUUAAAAAAAAAAAAAAACGACUUUAAAAAAUUAGUCAUUCACAUAUUUUAAUCUUUUAAAAAAAUUAUGUCACAAUGAAAAAAAUGUCGUCUGUAAAAAAGUCACGGAUAUCUACCUCAUAACUAUCGCUUAAUUGUAUUUCUUUUGUUACUGUCGCAUUUUCCCUGAUAUGUUAGAUGAUAAAUAAUCGAUCUAACCAAAUAAAAAUAGGAAAAAAACACGUUUAAAAGGGUAAAUAUAUGAAAAACAAAAUCUCGACCACUCCUUGAUGACUGCGAUUUCUGCAUUGCGACAGUUGUUAUAUUACCAUGUUUCACCCAUAAAACUCCCCGAAAAAAUCCAGCUGUGGUCUUUCACAGCUGUGUCUUGACACUCAGUCAUACAUGCUACGUGGAGUUUUUGGAUCGAAACAAGGUAAGUACGCAAUAAUAUCUCGUUAAAGUCAUGGUGUCUGUAAUUCUGCUUUUGUGUGCUCUCACCUCCAGAUAGGGUUUUGCUGCUUAAAAAACUUUUUUUUUUUUUUUUUUUAAUUAAAUCCCCUCCUGUUCAAAAAUUUUCUUCCCCCAGAAAAUUGACAUUUUAAGCUUUCACACAUGCUUAUUGGACAUUUUUGAAAGUUGGCUAAAUUGGGGGUCUCAGAGUGGAACUUCAAGUCAUCUGAGUGUUUUCCGCCUUGUACAGUAUAUGGAUCCUAUGCACUUCAACCAAGUGGUAGACUUCAGCUCGCCAAAGUAUGGUUUGGGACUAAAUCUUGAUGGGUCUCAUCCUGUUGUACUCAUAUCUCUAUCAGCUUUAUAAUGAAAAUGGUGUGGCAUUAUAGCAGCUCAAUAAAUCUGUGGUAAUACUUAAGUCUUUCCCCAUUGUAUUCUCACUGUUGCCUGUCUAGCUCUGUGUCACUCAUUCAGCAAUGAUCAAUUGUGCACUUUUUCUUAACGCUCUGCUCUUUUGGUACUGUAAUUCUCGGACUAUAAACCGUUACUCCCAGUGCU